AUGAACUCAAAUCUCACCCCGGUAAAGGUCCGCGGAAAGCGCAAGACGCCGUCGGCUCCCACAACAAGAAUCCCACAAGAGCUCGAGAAGAGGCUUCGGGCGCAACACGAGUUCCAGAUCCAGACUCCCGGCCCCCAAGACCAGUCUCCCAAGAAGCUCAAGAGAUCAAUAGCAGAAGUGAUGGCCCGACGCACCAUCCAACAUCGCUCUACUCUCGACAGCCUCCCAUCUGAGAUCCUCGAAAAGAUUCUCUUGUAUAGCACCAACUUGGCUCUUCCCAGAACCAGUCCACUUAUUGGGCUCAGGCUAUCAGAACGAGCUACGCUGGUCCGUCUUUUCAUUCUAGCGUUUCAUGAGACCUGGGAUCAGUGGUUCGGUAGCCCAGUUUCAGAAAAGGAGGAGGGCACUUUCGAGGGAAACCCUGAGCUUCAGACAGCCGUACUGACGCAGCGCUGGGCAACUAUUGACCUGAUCCUGACAGCCCAGCAGGCCUGGGUGGAUAGAUAUGCCAGCGACCGGUCAUUUCAACACUCCGUCCCAUGGGACGAUAGUAAGGAAGGAACCGAGCACUCUCAUGAGGGAGACGAUUUUCGGUAUCAAGCCCAUGACUGCUUCGAGGUCGACUACCAACGGGCUCUAGAGUGGACACCCUUCCAAAUAGAACCCGAAACCUGGGGUGGUCACGAUAUCCAUCCCCAGGUGAAGAUCCCCACGGAGCUCAUGACCGGCCCGUGGGACGACGAAAAGCUGCGUCGCUUGUUCUGGCUAUCGCGCGGCGGCAUGAGGAUAUCCGAGGACGAAACCGACGGGCCGCCCUGGGAGGACAAGAUCAAGUUCCUCCGGAACGCCGUUCUCGAAGCUACGGAGCCAAAUGUCCUCGUCGUCAACUGCCUGAUGGGCUCCUGGGUCUUCAGAGGGCUUCCGGGAGACGUCAUACGGAUGGAGAAGGGUAAGAUCGACGCGCGACUCCAAUGGGGCGACGACACAGAACACGCCAGGAUGAUCCUGAGGCGCACGAGACAGGCACUGGAUAUUUUCCUAGACCACUGGCGCGCAGAUCAAGUUGUGAAGUGA